UUUUGCAAAACUACCUAACCCUAUUUCUUCAUUCUUAUCUUUCUCUCCAUUUUCCAUAUAAAUAAAUAUUUUCACACUCUCUCUCUUAAAGUACCCUAAAAUCUUCAAUUUUCAUUUCCCAAAUUUCGAAUCUACCCCCCCCCCCCACUCUCUCUCUCCUCAUGGACCCAUCCUCGAUCUCUUCACCUUCAGCUCCGGUUGCCAACGCCGUCCCGUUCGCCGUCGAACCAAACAACCACCUUCCAUCUCCGUCUUCAAACCACCCUCCCUAUGCUGAGAUGAUUUACACAGCUAUUGAAGCUUUGAAGGACAAAAAUGGUUCAAGCAAAAGAGCAAUAUCGAAAUACAUAGAACAAGUUUACAGUCACCAGCUUCCACCGCCGGAAUCACACUCCAACUUGUUGACUCAUCACUUGAAGCGUUUGAAAUCCGAUGGAUUACUUCAAACUAUCAAAAAUUCCUAUAUUAUCCCUAGAUCUACUCCUCCACCUGCUGCAACUGAACCACCGUCAACCGCUUCACCUUCUCAGCCUUCAAAACCCCGUGGCCGACCAAGAAAAUCCGUAACCCCAAGCCCAAUACAAGCCCAGCCUCAAAAUAGCUUUAUCCCUCAGCAGCUUCCUAUUGUUGUUGCUAAUAAUAACAACAAUAGCGCUCCGUUGCAGAAUGCUGAGCCUGUUUGGGCCGCACUUGGGCUUUCUGAUGAUCCGGUCGAUGCUCAAGCUGCUGCUGCCACUCCUACUCCUGCUGAGGGGAGUAAAAGACGUCCUGGACGUCCGCCUGGUUCGAAGAAUGUAUCAAAUGUAUCUGGGUCGAAGUAUGCAACGGCCCCAAGCCCAAGCCCUAGCCCUAGCCAAAACCAGUCACCAAUUGAAGGGCAGGUUCCACCAACUCCAGCCUCUCGCGGAAGAGGACGUCCUCCUGGCUCUAAAUCUAAAUCAAAGAAGAAACCCGGACGUCCUCCGAAGCUAAGGCCUGAUACUCCAACUCCAGCUGUUGCUUCUGAUGGCACUAAGAGACGACCUGGGCGUCCACCGAAGAAUCAGCAGCAGAAUCCUACUCCGAUACCGUUUGCUACUACCGUUCCUGAAACCGAAGUGCCUCAGCCUCAAGUUGCAGUUCCUGAAGUGGUGGUUUCGGCUGCAGUCCCGGCUACGGUGGAAGGCGUGGCUGUUUUGACUCCGAGAUCUAGAGGACGACCAAGGAAGAAUCCUGCUGUUUCUGCUGUUCCGGUUGCUGGUGGAGGCAGAGGACGUGGCCGCGGGCGAGGUCGUGGGGGAAGAGGACGUGGUGGCGGCCGUAUAGGAAAUUCAUUUGGAGGGAUUACUCUGCGGGCUCCAGGAAAAAGGCCUGUGGGUCGUCCAAAGAAGGGAACAGCACCUGCUACUGCCAGUACUUCACAAAAUGCUGCUAACGAAGUUGAUCUCAGAAGGAAACUUGAACACUUUCAAGGAAAAAUCAAAGAAUCUCUGGUUGUUAUCAAACCACAUUUUGACCAUGAAAGUCCAGUCACUGCACUUGCGGCAAUUCAAGAGUUAGAAAUUCUCGGAGCCAUGGAUCUUAAUGAACCACUAAAGGAAGAACUGCUUCCAUCGCAGCCGAACGUGCCAGCACAAGAUCAGCCACAAGAAUUGGUGGCACAGCCUCAGGUAUUUGCACAAUAUCCCCCGUUUCAUACGCAGGAUCGCCAUUACCAGCAACAGCAGUCACAAUACCAGUAUCAUCCUUAGGAAUCAACCUCAGCUAGGAGGAAUUACAACAGCUGGCUGUUAAUUGAUUAUGAAGCCAGGAAUAUUUUAUCAUGGUCUUUCAAUUUGAUUAUGAACAACUUUGUACAAGUGUGUUUAACAGUUAAACACAUGAUGAGGUGGCAGAUUUGUAAAGCGAGUAGGCAGUAUCAGAUCUGAUUUUUCAGAGUGGAGAAAGUGACUGUUCAUUUUAGUUUGUUGUUGUGUUGCACCAAUUUUAGAUUUGACCCAUGAAGUACUUUUUUUAGAUUUUAGAGAGUACUGAUGAUGAUGAUUCUGUUUGUUUGACUAUGAAAGCUCAAGUUUAAUCACAUUAUUAUUGUCCA